GCCCACGCCAGCAACAGGGAGCUACUGGGCUGUGACCUAAAAUACUGGGAAAUGACUAUCAGUGGUGCUCGGCUGCAUUAUUUGGGUCCAUCUCAGGGCUGAGGGCACGUGGCUGGGAUGAAACUGCAGGAGGAAUCACACAGCGAAGAGAGGAGAUAAAUAUCAGGCUGAAGCAAGAGAAGGGGAAGAGAGGGGAAGCCUGCGAGUGCAGAGGGAACUGUCUGGGCGAGCAGCAAGGAGGUGAGCUCCUGGCAGGGCUGCAGCUUGCUCUGGCUGAGCAGUGACCCUCACGCUGCAGGGAGAGACAGGAAUUUCCCAGCCGAUCCCGCCGGGCACCCAGCAUCAUUGCUGUGAGGCUGUUGGGAAGGCAGCAUGGAGGUCCGGCUGGCUGGUGGCUUUCUGCCCCUGCUGCUCCUCGCCUGGCUGCCUGCUGCAGAACAUGCUUACCUGUUUUCAGCCACGAUCGAUGUGUCAGUAAGGUUAGAUCUCGUCUUGCAGUGUCUCCUCCAGACAGGCUUGAGCAGCACCGCCGGGGAGGUGAAGUGGUUUAAUAUCACCCAAAACAAGCAGAACAAAGGUGGUGUGGAGAUGAAGAACAGUUCUGCCCAGCUUGUCUUCACCAACGUGAACAAAGCACAUACAGGAACAUAUGCAUGCAGGAUGGAGAACAUGAGGAACAUGUCCAGGAACAAAUGCUCCCAAUCAAAAAAAUGUGGCGGCCAGCCAGGAAAGUCAGUCAUCACUAUGGAGUGCAUGUUCCAGAUUUUGUUAGAGAAUCACACGGUACAUGUGAAGUCGUGGUACAAAGGUGCAGGUCUGGAGGUGGGGAGUCAAACCAGCACCACGGCUCUGGGAGAAGACUGUACCAAUCUCACCAGCACCGGCAUGCAUGCAGCCAACAUGAAAAUCUGUGGGUGUGCGGUGCUCGUCACAACAAUAAACUUGACAGGCACUGUAAACGACACACAAGGUACAGUUCCCAGCUGUGGCCUUAGGACACCUCAGUCCAAUGACACCGAGAAGGAGAACUGGACAGGCAAGUCCCCACAGCCUUGUGUCUGCAAGGGUUGGGGGGCAGGAGGGGUCCUUGGGGAGAAAGAGGAGCAGCAAGGGGGGAAACACAUCCUGAUGUUUUCCCAUGAGUGGGUGGGAGCCGCUGCCAGACUGGGGUAG